AUGGAUGACACAGAGCAGUAUAGUUACCAUGACAACAGGCCUCCCUAUGUCCAUGUGGCCCUGGAUGAAGCCCAACUGGAGAUCAUUGGCCAGCGAGUAGACAAGUCUGUGCCUUUUCUGGAGAGGGUCAAGACACAGUGUCGGUGAGUGACUUGGUGUUCAGGUUCCAGGUUAAAGAGCAUUCUGCUGGGCUGGUUUCCUGUGCUGUUAUGGCUGCCUCACUACUCCAUCAAAGAAAGCGCCCUGAGAGACCUGGCGUCUGGGCUGAGUGUGGGCAUCAUGCAUCUGCCACAGGGUAUGGCCAAUGCCAUGUUGGCGGGCAUUCCUCCAGUGUAUGGACUCUACACAUCACUCUACCCGCUCGUCAUCUACGUUAUAUUUGGAACUUCCAAACAUCUCUCUUUGGGAACUUUUGCCGUCCUGGCCAUCAUGAUCGGCUCUGUCCCAGCCAUGGCAGAGUUGCCUAGCAGCGGUGCUGAGGCAGCUAAAGUCAACAUAGUCGUCCAGCUUACCUUACUCUGCGGCCUCAUACAGCUCCUCCUCUAUGUGCUGCGCUGCGGUGCGGUGUGUCGCUGGUUGUCAGACCCCGUCAUAAGAGGCUACACCACAGCUGCCGGCCUGCAUGUGAUCAUUAUGCAGUUGCCCCUCAUGACUGGAAUACCUGCACAGAGACACAUUGGAGUGCUGGCUUCUGCUUGGACUUUAAAAGACGUCCUGUACGGAGUGACCAGCAUGACACCAGGAACUCUGUCAGUGUCUCUGGUCUCAAUGGCAAUACUCAGUGGAGGCAAGAUGCUGAAUGAGCGCUUCAAAAACAAGCUGCCUGUAGCCAUACCCUGGGAAGCUCUACUGAUUGUCUUGGCCACUGUCACGUCUGUGCAGAUGGAUGUGGCUGGACAACAUAAUGUCCAGGUGGUUGGAGACAUUCCCAGUGGCCUGUCCACCCCCAUCGUCCCCUCUCUGUCCCAGGCCAGGGAGCUCUUUAUCCCGGCUCUGUCGGUCGCUCUGGUGGGCUUCAGCUUCCACACAGCCAUGGGUUCAGUGUUUGCCCGAAAACAUGGCUACCACUUUGACUCCAGUCAGGACCUACUGGCUUUGGGUUUGUGUAACUCCAUAGGAGCCAUGUUCCAGUGUUUUGCUGUCAGCUGCUCUUUCUCACGCAGUAUGGUGCAGGAAAGCAUUGGUGUCAAAUCACAGAUGUCAGGUUUGGUAUCGGCUCUGACCAUUUUAACCAUCUUGCUAAAGAUUGGUCAUCUAUUUGAGCAGCUGCCAAAGGCAGUGUUAGCAGUGAUCAUUGUGGUCAAUCUGCAGGGGCUGCUGGCUCAGUUUAAAGAUGUGUUUACACUCUGGAAGAUUGACAGAUUGGACCUGCUGGUGUGGGUGGCAUCCCUGGUGGUAACCCUGGUUCUAAACCUGGACGUGGGUCUGGGAGUAGCCAUCGCCUUCUCUCUGCUCACGCUCAUCUACAGGACACAACACUCCUCCACUGCAGUGUUGGGUCAAAUUCCUGGUACAGACUGUUACAGAGAUGUGCAACUCUAUGCUGAGGCAAAGCUUGUUCCUGGCGUUACUAUAAUCUCCUGUCCCAACCCAGUUUAUUUUGCUAACUCGGAACUGGUCUUCACUGAGAUCAGACAGAUAGUGAGUCGUGCUCAAAAGGAAAACGCAGCAGUGGUCCAAACAUCCUUGUCGUCUUCCUCUGCCCAGUUAAUGACUCACAGUCACUGCUUGAUUCUGGAUCUCAGCUCAGUCCACUUCAUGGACUCUGUAGCCCUGACAAGACUUUGUGAGGUUGUGCACAACUUGAAAGCCCAGAGUAUCAGUGUGUUUCUGGCCUCCUGCCCAGAGAUCCUUUUAUCCCAGCUGCGCUAUCAGGGCUGCAUAGCCAACUGCCUGUUCAGCUCCUCCAUGUUCCCAUCGGUCCAUCACGCUGUCAACCAUUGUCUCAGCACCUUGCCUAUACUUCUUGAGGACUUUACCUCUGAUGCAAGUUUAAGUUGAAAGUACAACGUGGACUGCUUCCUCUGUACGUCAAUAUUAGCGAUGUAACCUGGAACAGUUAAUCUAGCCUAUUCUACUACCUAUCCUAUUUUAUCUUAUCCUAUCUUAUCCUAUCCUAUCCUAUCCUAUCCUAUCCUAUCCUAUCCUAUCCUAUCCGAUCCUAUUUCCAAAGUUUCCGAUUUAUGUAUAUGUUAAAAAUGCUGUACCCUUGUUCUACAUGACAUUGAAGUGCCAUAUCAUGAGGUUGGUAUGUUUUUAAGUUAUCCCUGGUUUAAUUUUGUGCCAUUCCUAAAUCUCGUAAACGGUCGGGCACGAGAUUUCCAUGAAAUCUUGUGACUUUCUGACGUCACAACUUUGGGAAGUCCAUGUAUGGCAACUUGCCAAGUGCCCAUCAACCGCUGCUCAGUACCGCUUUUUCUACAAAAUGGCAGCCAGAAAGUGUUU